UCUGCGCGUGCUGUUCGAUAUUGACAGGUAGGUAGGGAGGUAUAAAAUGCCGAUAGAGAGUUGAUGCAUUUUCAGUUAUGCCUUACAGAGACAGAGAGAAACUACAGGAUCCGGAUAAAGGUUAGAGAGUUAUCACCCUCCAAUUAUUCGAAAGUAUCUAAGCGAAAUGGCCUCAAUCGUAUCGAAAACAUUGUUGUUGAUGAUGGUCUUCUCAAUAUCUCCGGGGCUGAUCAGAACCGCAUUCACUCAGACAGCAACAGAAUAUAACAUGACCACGCCCAUCGCCGAGCCCACUUCAACUGCAUCGUCGAACACCACGCCAUCUCUUUCCGCAACCAGUCAUGGCGCCAUCGACGUAACACUGUCUACAAAUGGCGACGAGCCUGGGGAAGACGUCUCCAAGAGAAUGCACCAGAUAGCUACAACCACAAGUGGCUUUUGGUUCAGCAAUGAUGAGGAGGAAAACACAUCCGAAGUGAUUUCGUCAUCAGAUUUCAACCCUGCAACAGAAUUCACAGACUUCGAUUCAGGUGAUUCAGAAUGGAUUUGGGCACCGUUAUCGUGGCAAUGGGACAUCAUCCUCCAACUCAUCUCAGCCAUUGUAGGAAUCCUUGGUAACCUAUUGGUAAUCUUGGUCAUAUUCAGCCGUCGUUCGUCUGGCCGAACAACCGACAUCCUCAUCGGAAGCCUGGCCGUAGCUGACUUCUUGACAUCAGUUUCCAUCGUUCCUUAUCCGACCCCAGUCCGCGUACCCCACUCAUGGCCAGGAAUGCUUUGGUGUAUAGUGAUGUUCCAGAACUUUCCUUUCUGGUUAACUGUCACCGCUUCCUCCUACAUCCUGAUGGCAAUGUCCGUAGAGAGGUACAUCGCCGUUCUCUAUCCUCUCAGGUUCAGUCAUAUCGUGACUUUCCGACGUGUGAACAUCGUCAUCAGCCUCAUCUGGUUGCUCGCUUGCCUGUCGCUUUUGUUUUCCUUCUUUGUCACAGGGAUUGACGAAACGUAUGGAUUCUGCACCCUGACUCUGACGUCCCGUCACGAACUGGCAGCAAUGGGUUACUACUGGUUCUGUCUUCGGAUCGUCGUACCGGUUGCAACAAUGCUCAUAACGCAGUCCCUGAUCGCUCUCGAGCUUCACCGUCAAUCGAAGAAUUUCCGAGAGAAUAACAGUUCCACGAACUCUUUCCACGUUGUCGCUCGGAAUCGCGUGCUCAAAAUCAUGUUAGAGAUCAUCAUCAUCUACAUUGUUUGUUGGUUGCCUAACCAGGUGGCCUUCUUGGGCGUCAUCGUUGGUUUCAUAGAGUGGUCGGAAUACAUCGAUACUCCACUUCAUCGGGUUCUUACGGUCAUCGGUUUCUACAACAGUUGUUUGAAUCCUUUCAUCUACGCUGCACAGCAUCCACAGUUCAGGCGCGCAACAAAGGAACUCUUCACUGGAAAAAUCAACCAGAAAUCAUCGAUAUUCAGCACAAACAAACCUGAAACAAGCGACAGUAAUAAGCCUAACGACCCAUCCGUCAUUUAACCCUUA